AACUUCCAUUUCAAGUCCCUGCAUUUCCUGCUGACCACUGCCCUGGACUCACUGAGGGGCGUUCAGUGUGAAAGUGUGUACGUGGUGGAGGGCAACAUCCAGUUCGAGACGAAGCGUGGCGAGAGAGUCCGGUUUGGUCAAUUCAUGUCCACAGUGCCCAAGGCAAUGGUCUCUGAGGGAAAUGAGAAGGACACAUCCCUCAUGGUGACCACCUGCUACGGCAUGAAUAAACAGCUUUUUGCCUCCAGUCCCAAAGAGCAGGRGKUGCUGAUCCCKCCCUAUGAGAUCUUUGAGGUCACCGAGUUCGCCCCACCAGGGGAAAGGGCACAGACAUGGCUUCGCUCUGUUGGGACCCUCAGCAACUACAACUGCGAGUGGCUGCGAGGUGGAAGCAGCCCCAGGGACACGCCCAUGCUCGGAGGGCUCCUCUUGGCCACAGCAGCCCUGGCAGUGGCCACUGGGAUCUUCUGAAGCCACAAGGCCACCGUGGUCACUGUGGUCACCGUGACGCCUACAGACACUGCAGCCACGAUGGUCACCAAGGCCACCAGGAGC